AUGAAGCUCGGUACGGCGCUUUCGGCGAUUCUGGCGGUAUCCGCUCAGGCGAAGUAUAUCGUGCCUGGUGGGCGAUGGCAGGAUACGGAGGGAAACCUGGUCAAUGCCCACGCCGGGAAUAUUUACUUCGACAAGGACAGUUCCAAAUUCUGGCUUUUCGGCGAAUACAAGAUCGAAGGGCAGGAGGAGGGCGGCGGUGUCUCUGUAUACAGCUCUGACGAUCUGGGGACAUGGGAAUCGCACGGUCUAGCACUGGAACCCAUUGAAGCACACCCGUACAUCUCCACCGAGCACAUCAUCCAGCGCCCCAAGGUCGUCUACAGCGAAGGCACCGGACAGUACCACAUGUGGUGGCACGCAGACAAUUCCACCUACGGAUGGCUUCUCCAGGGCUUAGCAACAGCCGAUACCAUCGCCGGUCCAUACGAGUUCGUCGACGCCGUCGCGCCGCUCGGAAACUGGUCGCAGGACUUCGGCCUCUUCACUGAUCGCAAGGACGGCAGGUCGUACGCUCUAUACUCCAACGGGGACAGCGUCGACGGCCGCGACGUCUACCUUACCAGAUUCAACUCCAAUAUUACGGCCCUAGAUGAAGUCGUGCAUCGAUUCCCCAAGUUCGACCUCGAAGCCCCGACGAUCAUCCAGUCUGAACAUAGCUACUGGGCGCUGAUGAGCCAUAAGACGGGAUACCGGCCCAACAACGUGGUCGCGUUUCGCGCCGACAAGCUGAGCGGUCCAUGGUCCCAGCCGUUCAUUGUAUCGCCGCUCAACACGCGGACCUUCAACUCGCAGUCUGGAUUCUCGAUCCGCAUCGAGGGGACGAAGAAGACGACGUACCUGUAUAUCGGGGACCAGUGGGACACCAACUCGCUAUGGGAGAGCCGGUAUAUCUGGCUUCCAGUGGACAUCGACGAGCAUAAGAAGACACUGGAGGUGCAAUGGCACGAUGUCUACGAUCUGAACGUUAAAACCGGAGAAUGGCGACCCGUCAAGGGCAAAACAUACACAUCCAAGCACGCGACAACAAGCGGCGAUGCAUACCUUCAAGAAGCCAAUUUCGCUACCGACGGAGCCAUCCUAACCGGGAUCUACGGCAACGACAGCACGGUGACAUUCCACAACAUCGAGGGAACCGGAAAGCCGCAGUGGGUUUCGUUCUACUACCAGAACACCGACGAUAUGGGCUUCGGAGACCAACCGGGCGGAACACCGGACCGCAUCGGCGGCGAGUGGCAGCUGCGCCGGAUCAGCAGCGUGGUUGUCAACGGGGACACGCAGAACGUGGAGACCCUGUACCAGCGCGACACGCAUAAAGGGAUUAUUCUCUCGACGCCGCUGCAGUUGACGCUCAAGAAGGGCAGGCGCAAUACUAUUACUGUUGGAGGAUUGUUUAAUGGGUGGGACUAUAAAGGGGCUGACUUGGAUAGGGUUGUUGUCUAUCCACCAGAGUGA